AGUGUAUAUAAAGACUUGUCAACUAUCCAGUUUUUUUUUUUCUUUUUUAAGCAAUAAAACCUCAGUCUGAAUGUUUAAAACUGCAUUUUACGCCACUGGACGUUACCAAUAGUUUUACUUCCAGCAUAGUUUUAUAUGUACAUAUGGUUUACAUAAACACUUUCUUACUGAACAUUAGCAGUUAUGAGAGGUACGUAGUGGCCUCCUCAACCCUACAGCCUUUCUGUUAGACAUACGCUUUGUGUCCGUCUGAAGGGCUGGGUUUGUUCUGCGCAAGCGUGGACCGCCAAGCGUCUGUUUCCACGGUAACAUUUCAGCAAACGAAACGGUCCCUGACAUUGAACGGCUCAUCUUUCGAUGUUUAUAGCAGGUUGGUAAAAAAAAAAAAAAAUUCUGGAGCAGAUCAUUGGAUUUGUGUACGAGGUAACGUUAAUAUUUUGAUGCCGUGGCAACGAUUUACGUUAUUUCGGCGUUUACAUCACAGCAUUGGUUAAUUUACACCGCUAAUUUGGGAGGUUCUUAAAGAACCGAGUGAACUAUUAACAUUUCACGGCCAAUAACGUCGCUAGAUAAAUUAAAAUCAAUUGUGUUUUCACCUCUCCUUAAUGUUGAUUCUGUGACAUUAGCCUUGAAGUCGAUCGUCAUAAAAGCCAGAACAACAACGUCAUAAGCUGAACGGGCCUAAGGGACUGGAACAGACAAAAGUCAAAUUCGACAUGAACAAUGACUAGUCCACGGAAUAAUGUGCCCGCUUUAGCUCUAAUGUGGGACUCCACAACUAAGAGUUUGGUGCGAGAGGAGUACCAGCGAGAGCUCCAUGUGAGAACUGACCUCAUCUCUGCUGCUAAAUCUAAACAACAUGAUGCGACUGACAUUGAAGAACCAGAUAAUUGUGGUGUUUAUGAUAGUCUGGAUCUGAAACCAAGAAAAAUUCAAGGACAACGUGACCUUCUGAGGGAAUCUUCCCCUGAGGAUGAGUACGCCGACUUGCGCUACAACCCAAACUGGAGGAAGAAUCUGGAAGGGGAUCAUUUUCUCAACCAGCUAAAUACGAGACAUUCUCCCGACUCUUUUGAGGAGUCUGAAGACAGUCUUGAACCCUUGGAGAAAGUUUGUCUAGGUGGCAGGCAAGAAUAUGUCGUUGUCAGUAAUCCACCCUCUACUCAGAUGGACAGUGCUUUAUCCCCAACACCUUCAUCUCCUUUCCACCUGCACCCACAACAGGAAGACAUUCUCAAUUCCCCCGAAUCAAAAAGUUCUUGCAUGUCCUCUGAAGGCGCGCCGCAGGAUAAUGUAAAGCAUCUGAAUGUCAAAUCAGUUCCUCCCCAGAAGAGAAGCUCUCGACAUCCUUCUAAUCCCAGGCCAGGGAGAGCUAGAGAAGACAUUGUGGAACGUAAUAAAGCAACUCUUGGUAUCAACACACAUAAGCAGGGGUCUUACCUAAAAGCUCGUCAGCAGGAAGAUAAAACAGUUGAAACAAAGCAACCCAGGCAAACCUCCUACGAGACUAUCAGCACUCAUAGCCCGGAGAGUCAAGACAAUGUCUCGGAUCCCGAGCUGAUGUGGCUCCAAAAAACACAAAGACUGAAGCAGAGCCAUAAAGAAAAGAAGGAACUGAAGAGGAGGGAGCGAUCCAGCAACCAACAAAAUCAGCUCAAGCCAGCUGAAUCCAAACCCAGAGCGCACCUUGAACCCCUUACAGAGAGACACAUCAUCAGCGCAGAUCACCUGCCACAGGACUCUGAGGAAGCUUACACCCAUGACCCACCACAACACCAGUCCGGACAUCCAUCUCACACUCAUGCUCCACCGAACCUCAACCUUAACAUAAACGUCCACACACCUGCCAACCACACACAACCACUGAAUAUUUCCCAGAAAGAGACCCUAUUUACUCUUGUUUCUCAAGCUCUGCAAUGGAAUAGGACUGAUCUAUUUAACCCACCCAUUUUACAACAAGGUUAUCCAUUUUACCCUUAUGUGCCUCCUAAUUCAGUAGGGCGGAUGGGAUUGGCUCCAAAAACUGUUGUAUCCUCACCAGCCCUCAAGUCUGGAGUGGUACAAGCCGUGGACAGAAGUGUUGCUCAGUGGCAUGCUGGGAAACCUACUCCCAAUACAUUUGAGAAGACAUCAUUCAAGAAUCACAACAGACUCAGGAUACCAGUGCUAAAAUUGCCCAUGUCUUCUCAAGUGGAGGCCAGCCACUAUCCGCCUGAGUUUUUGCCCAUUGAUGAGGAGAGCGUGGAACCCCGUGCGCUCCCAACACAAAUCUCUGGUCCGUACACAGUGCUGCCCCCUAUAGCCCAAGCUAACUGCAGCGAAACUGAACUCUGCUCGGAUAGAUCAGAUCAGCAGUUGAAUCCAAUCCAAAGAAGCAGCUCAGAAGGUUACCUUUCACAGAUGGAAAAGCACAGACAGCUGAAGGCAAAUUCAAAUUAUAAGGCUUAUACACUAAAGGACUACAAAAACAUGAAACAGGAGGUGAAACUUGGAGGUCUUGGACCAACAAACACAAUACCAGAAGCUGUGGCAGAGAAAAUUAGACGGCAGAAGCUGUAUUCAAAUGUGAUCCGCGAACAGAACAAGAAGAUAAGUAGGAUUCCCUCUCUGUCCGCCAAGGACCCAGUGGGCAGUGACAAUAAGGACACCGUUCCCAGGAGGAAGGCUUUAGAAUAUGCCAAAAAUAUCGCAAAGCCCAAACCCCCUCCAAAGCCAAAAGAUACACCCAGAGAGCAGAACGUGAGCGCACAACCUCAAUAUCCACAGGAAAUGGACCCAUUCAAUUUGGCCACUUUGGAGAUGUUGAGACGGCACGAGGAAGAGAAAUGUGCCGUGGCUCGCUUCAGAACCAUUCCCGCCAUUUAAUCUAGAGCCUUUAUUCACUAAAAAGCAACAUGUACAUGAGUUAUAUCAAUUGCACUUCUGUAGAAUCCCUAUUUUUCCUUGCUUUAACUCUUGUGUGUUGAUGUUGUGUGUACUGUAUAUGCAUAACACUCAAUGUAAUCCUGCUCAGUUGCACAGCACUGGAAGUGGAACAGGUGUUUAGCACAUAAUCAACUGUGUACUCAUUUUAAUUGUUCAAUAUAAAGAAAUCUCGAAUGAAAUGCUGUGGGGUUUUGUUUGCAUUAUCCUGCUAUUUUUCCCCUUGUUUCAAUAGGUCUGUGCACGAGAGCACCGAUCUCUUCAAGCACACCUGGAUGCACCGUUAACCCAGUGUAACAUGCCGUUUUCUGUCAGUUCCCGGCUAUUAGUCUGAUUAUAUCCACUUUCGCCUGCCCUUUUCUUUCACCAAGAGAAAAAAAUAGGUCAAAUAAGGAUGACACUUUGAAGCCUCCCUUAUUAGAGCCCACAAACUUGUUUUCUGUAUUUUAAAGUGAUAAUUUUCCCCCUAAAACAAGCUCAAGCACCUAUUUCUUUAAUGGAGGCUUUAGAUCGUUAUCAAAGAGCUAUUUACUCCUAUGUAAUAUUUUAAUUAGAUUAUAGCCUCUAUUUAACCCAUCAUGUCUGCUUUGAUACUCUGUGUUUUCAGUGUUAAGCCUCAGAGGCGAGGCUAAUAAAUGCUGGACCUUUUGAA